GUUGGGAGGCUGUAGAUAAACGCUAGGUUGUUCAGUAGUGAUAAUAGGAAAAAUUUUCGCUUGUAUACUGGGAUGAAAGGUGUCACUUCUGGGAUGAAUAAACCACGCUCCCACAUCUCUGCGGAUAUAAAUUAGCCUGGACGAUGAACAGAAGCAGAGGAUAAGCAGCGGCUGGCAUCCUGCAGGAUUUUCCCAGGCUUUUUUGUUUUAUUGUGGACAUGUCUGGUUUGUGGAGCAGCCCUGAGCGGAGCUAGCUGGCCGACUGUCCGGCUAGCGCAACGUUUCCAGGCUUUUGGAUGAAUGCCGAGCCGGAGAGCUGAUUUAUUUUGGAUCAGCACUACCUCGCUUCUCUGUUGAAGGGAGUCAGGAUGGGGGAGCCCAGCCUGGACGACUCCAAUGUCAAGGUGGCUGUUCGUGUUCGGCCCAUGAACAGGAGAGAAAAGGAAUUGAACACUAAAUGUGUUGUGGAGAUGGAAAAGAACCAGACCAUCCUCCACCCUGCAGGAGCAAACCUGGGCAAGGGAGACUCCAGGAGUCAGUCCAAGGUGUUUGCCUAUGAUUUCUGCUUCUGGUCCAUGGAUGAAUCGGAAAAGGAUAAAUUUGCAGGUCAGGAGGUGGUGUUCCAGUGCCUUGGGGAAAGUCUUCUCCACAACGCCUUCCUGGGCUACAAUGCCUGUAUCUUCGCCUAUGGACAAACUGGUUCAGGAAAAUCGUACACCAUGAUGGGUUCAGUGGACCAGCCAGGUCUGAUUCCCAGACUGUGCAGUGCUCUGUUUGAGCGAACCGUGCAGGAGCAGCGGGAGGAGGAGAGCUUCACUGUGGAGGUCUCCUACAUGGAGAUCUACAAUGAGAAAGUCCGAGACCUGCUCGACCCCAAAGGGAGCAGACAGACUCUGAGAGUGAGGGAACAUAAAGUUUUGGGCCCUUAUGUUGAUGGUCUGUCUCGAUUAGCUGUGGCCAGCUACAAGGACAUUGAGUCUCUGAUGUCAGAGGGAAAUAAAUCUCGGACAGUUGCUGCCACCAACAUGAAUGAGGAGAGCAGUCGGUCGCAUGCUGUCUUCAACAUCAUCCUCACACACACGUUAAAAGACCUGCAGUCUGGGACAAGUGGAGAGAAGGUGAGUCGACUGAGUCUGGUAGACUUGGCUGGAAGUGAGCGUGCAGCAAAGACCGGAGCAGCAGGAGAACGACUGAAGGAGGGCAGCAACAUCAACAAGUCAUUGACCACACUAGGUCUGGUGAUCUCGGCGCUGGCCGAACAAGGAACUGCCAAGAACAAGUCCAAGUUUGUUCCCUACAGAGACUCUGUGCUGACAUGGCUGCUGAAGGACAGCCUCGGUGGUAACAGUCGCACAGCGAUGGUUGCCACAGUGAGCCCAGCAGCAGACAACUACGAGGAGACGCUGUCGACGCUACGCUAUGCAGACCGAGCCAAGAACAUUGUUAACCACGCUGUUGUUAAUGAAGACCCCAAUGCUCGCAUCAUCAGAGAGCUCAGAGAGGAAGUAGAGAAACUACGAGAUCAACUGACCCAGGCAGAGUCUCUGAAGGCACCAGAGUUGAAGGAGCGUCUGGAAGAGUCAGAGAAAUUGAUUAAGGAGAUGACCGUCUCUUGGGAGGAGAAACUCCGCAAAACUGAGGAGGUUGCACAGGAGCGUCAGAGGCAGUUGGAGAGCCUUGGUAUUUCUCUCCAGUCUUCAGGGAUCAGAGUUGGAGAUGACAAGAGCUUCCUUGUCAACCUGAACGCCGACCCCGCCCUCAACGAACUGCUGGUCUACUACCUGAAGGAACACACUAAGGUGGGCUCAGCAGACUCUCAGGACAUCCAGCUGUGUGGGAUGGGUAUCCAGGCAGAGCACUGUGUCAUCGACAUCACACCAGAUUCUGCUGUCAUCAUCACCCCCUACCGCAACUCCCGGACGUGUGUUAAUGGUUCUCCUGUAACCAGCACACUGCAGCUUCACCAUGGUGACCGAAUUCUAUGGGGAAACAACCACUUCUUCAGGAUCAACUUGCCUAAGCGGCGGACUCGGGCGGCUGAGGAUGAGGAGGGUGAGGGAGGGGUGAUGAAGAACAGCAGCAGCAGUGAGCAGCUGGAUGCAGACGGGGACUCGGCCAGUGAAGCGUCCAGUGAAGUCAGCUUCUCCUACGAGUUUGCCCAGACAGAGGUCAUGAUGAAGGCUCUGGGUAACAACGACCCCAUGCAGGCUGUCCUCCAGUCCCUGGAGAGGCAGCAUGAGGAGGAGAAGCGCUCGGCUCUGGAACGCCAGAGGCAGAUGUAUGAGCAGGAGCUCCAGCAGCUACGCCGGAGGUUGAACCCAGACCGGCAGUCAUUGCAGGGUGCAGCCCCAGCACCUGGACAACCGGGUCCGGGACAGCAGCCCCACUACCGCAGCCUGGAGAGACUCAGCAUGGGAGGGAUGAGCCACUCGACAAGCGCUCAGAGCAGACUGAAGCAGUGGAGCGAGGACAGAGAGGCUGUGUUUGUGAGGAGUCUGCGGAGGCUAAGGGAACAAGUAGUGAGGGCAAACCUCCUGGUGCAGGAGGCAAGUUUCAUCGCAGAGGAACUGGAGAGACACACCGAGUACCGUGUCACCCUACAGAUCCCGGCAGACAAUCUCAACGCUAACCGCAAGAGGGAUGCAGUACUCAGUGAACCUGCAGUUCAAGUUCGUCGCCGGUGUCGGGGGAAGCAGAUCUGGAGUUUGGAGAAGAUGGAGAACCGUCUGGUAGACAUGAGGGAGCUCUACCAGGAAUGGCAAGACUACCACCUUCAUCACCAUGACAACCCUAUGAUGCGUUCAUAUUUCCGUCGAGCCGACCCGUUCUUUGAUGAGCAGGAGAACCACAGUCUGAUCGGCGUUGCCAACGUCUUCCUCUCCUGUCUGUUCUAUGACGUCAAGCUGCAGUAUGCUGUUCCCAUCAUCAAUCAGAAGGGAGAGGUUGCUGGGCGUCUCCAUGUGGAGGUGGUCAGGAUUGGCGGUGGCUUGGAAGACAGCAUGGCUGGAGGAGAGGAACCAGACAACAACCAAGAUGCUGAGUUUCAAGACCGCAAGCUGGUCUGCAUGAUAAAGAUCCUGCAGGCCACAGGUCUCCCUCAGUACCUCUCCAACUUCGUCUUCUGUCAGUACACAUUCUGGGAUCAGCCAGAGCCCAUCAUUGUGGCGCCUGAAGUGGACACUUCGACCUCAUCACCCAGCACCAAAGACCCACACUGCAUGGUGGUGUUCGACAGCUGCAAGGAGCUAGCAGUGUCGGUUUCAGAGGAUUUCAUCGAGUAUCUGACAGAAGGGGCCGUGGCCAUUGAAGUGUAUGGACACAGACAAGCUGACCCGGGCAGGAACCCCGCCCUGUGGGACCUCAGCAUCAUCCAGGCCAAGACACGCACUCUGAGAGACAGGUGGAGUGAGGUAACACGUCGUCUGGAGCUAUGGGUUCAAAUCCUGGAGAUCAACGAGAAUGGAGACUUUAUCCCAGUGGAGGUGGUUCCUGCCAGAGAUGUACGGACUGGGGGAAUCUUUCAGCUACGACAGGGUCAGUCGAGGCGAAUCCAGGUGGACGUGCGAUCCGUUCAAGAUUCGGGCACCAUGCCUCUGAUAGCCGAGGUGUUGCUGGCGGUGUCUGUGGGCUGCGUGGAGAUCAGGCAAACCACAGCCAAUCAGGAGGCAGAUGAGAUGGACAGCUACCAGGAGAGAGAUCUGGAGCGUCUGCGGCGUCAGUGGUUGGCUGCUCUCACCAAGAGACAGGAGUACCUGGACCAACACCUGCAGAGCCUCGUCAGUAAACCAGAGAAGACAGAGGAUGACGUUGAGAGGGAAGCCCAGCUGCUGGAGUGGCGCUUGACUCUGACAGAGGAGAGGAAUGCAGUCAUGGUGCCGUCUGCUGGCAGCGGCAUCCCUGGAGCACCCGCUGAAUGGGUUCCUCUUCCAGGCAUGGAGACUCAUACCCCUGUCCUAUUCCUGGACCUCAACGCUGAAGACCUGAGCUCCCAGGACCAGUUUGAGGUUCCUGAGGCUGGAGGCUGGGACGCCACCCUUAGUGGAGAGGAUGAGGAUGACUUCUUUGACCUGCAGAUUGUCAAACACUAUGAUGGAGAGGUGAAGGCAGAGGCAUCGUGGGACUCCACAGUCCAUGAGUGUCCCCAGCUGAGUCGUGGUGGGGCAUGGCCAGAGCAGCGGGUAUAUCUGACUGUUCGGGUGGUAGUCCAGCUCAGCCAUCCCGCUGAAAUGCAGCUGGUCCUCAGGAAGAGGAUCUGUGUCAACGUUAACCCAGGCCGCCAGGGUUUUGCCCACAACCUGCUGAAACGAAUGUCAACUCGUAGCACCAUACCUGGCUGUGGGGUCACCUUCGAAGUUGUCUCCAACAUCCCUGGGGAUGGCCAAAGUUCUGAGGACAGGGAGAUGCUGGCACGGCUGGCCACCAGUGCUGACAACAGCCAAUCAGCCGACAAUGAGGCCGCCAUCGAGAAAUACCUCCGCAGCGUCCUCAACCUGGAGAACAUCCUCACUCUGGACAGACUCAGACAAGAGGUGGCAGUGAAGGAGCACCUGGCUGCUAAAGGGAGAGGGAACCGGAGGAGUCUGAGUUCUCCUUCUGUCCACAGGCUGUCUGGAAGUAGACAGGACCUGUCCUCUACCUGCCUGCUAGACGACAAGGGUCGAUGGGAGAGUCAGCAGGAUAUUCUCAUGCCCUCUCAAUCUUACCGUAGCCUCCCCCGUCCCGCCUCCUCCCCACCUGCCUAUUCCUCCUCUCCCCCUGCUCCCCCAGCCCCGACCCCACCACAGAGCCAAGACCCAGAGCAAGGUCGUUCAGGACUUGCUGCCUCUUAUCUUUCAGUUAAAGCGCUGGUUCCUCAGAUGCCCAAACUGCUCAAGUCUUUGUUUCCAGUUCGAGACGACAAGAAGGAGCUGAGACCAUCACCGCACAACCAGCAGCAUUUGCCUCGGAUCAUGACAUCUUCAGGAGGUGAUGACAGCCGAGUCAAGGUCGAACCGGUUGCUAUGCUACGACCCCCGACCAAAGACAGGCGGGCAGAGUUCCCAGAAGCCCCUCCUCUUCCCGUGCAUGACCCGCAUGACACCACGCCCCUAAGCCCCCUCAGCCAGUCAUCAAGCGGCUACUUCUCCAGUAGUGUUUCCACGGUUACCCUGUCUGAAGCUCUCCACUACUCCUCUUCAUCUUCCUCCCUCUUGGCUGCUGAGUCUACAUUACCCACACUUCCCCAGCAGCAAGAUGCUGACAGGAACGAUGUUGUGGCCUCUCCUCCUCAGUGUGAAACCAAGAUGGCCACUCCACCCACCUCACACAUCUCGACCAAUCACAACAGUGUCACCACAGACAACUCCUCUGUCCAGAGGCUGGUGAACUCAGGAGGAGGACGAGGCGAGAGCUUGGAGAGGCUGGAGAUCCUCAUAGACGAUGAAGAGCGUAGUCUUGACAAUGAACUACCUGAUUGGUUGAUAGAAGGGGCGUAUGUUACCGUGGGAACAAAUAAGGCAGGGAUAGUACGCUACGUGGGAACCACAGAGUUUGCAGAAGGAGUCUGGGUGGGAGUGGAGCUGGAGACCCCUGCAGGUAAGAAUGACGGCUCUGUUGGAGGCCGUCAGUACUUUCACUGUAACCCGGGUUAUGGGGUGCUAGUUCGUCCAGACCGGCUAUCUCGCCGCAGUCGGACCAGUCGAAGUGCUGGAGAGACUGGUGCUCCCAUGCACAUCCCCAUCCUGCGGGGAGACAUCUUAACCAACCGCCGUGGAGAGAACCGCAAGUCCUGGAGUAGUUGAAACAGAGGACCUGGUGCUGGAUGGGAGAGGCUAACUCCCCGCAGCCAUCCUCCUCUGUCCUCUGUCCUCCUCUCUGCUCCUGCUCCCAGCUAUGCAACAGCUCUAACCACCAGAACCCAAAUACUGCCUACCCUCCUGUGGUUGGAGAGCAUACACAGAAUACAUAUGUUGAAAGUUAAUGGGUGGCAAUGGCAAGACUAUUUAUGAUAAAUGAAAGUCAGUGAAAAGACCAGGGUGAGAGGAAGUCUGGAAAGACAAUUUAUAGAGAAAAUGUUAAUGAAAAGGCUAUGCAGAGUAAGAAAUCAGUGGAAGGACUGUAGCAAAUGCAAGUCGAUGAGGAGACUAUUGAGAAUGAAUGGAAGCCAGUAGAGACUGUGAUUUAUUAGCAGAGUGUGGGAACUCUUUGGGGUUGUGGAUUAGACACUGCAGUAGGAUGACAUGCCUCAGAGCUACUUCCUGGACCAAUAUGCAGGGAUGCAAACUGGUCACUUUUUGGCAAUAGUCACUUUGUUUCUUUUUUAUCCCAAAAUGGGUCACCCAUGUGAAUCGUGUAAAUUUGAUAAAAAUAACUGUAGGAAGCAGGUGGUUUGUUCCAGAAUGAGAAACAAUGAGAAAUGAGGAACUAAACGCAACAGAUAAUGACUGAACUGCAAUAUUAUCUGAAUUUAUCAGGUUAUAUUAUCAGAAUAAUAUUACAUUUUAUUCUUUCUUUCCCUUCUUCCUCCACAUUUUCUCAUUCUUUCUAUCAUUACAGUAUUAUUUUAUUAAUUAUUGAUUUAAUUUGAUUAAUUAUUCAUAACAAAGCAUUUUUUCUGUCAUUCCUGUCAUCCAUUCUCCAGUGACUAUCAUAAAUGCAAGGAAUGUUGUGAGAACACGAUAUAGCUGUACCUUUUCAAACAUGUGAGAAGUGAGUAUUGGCUGUGAUAGAACUGAAAUUCAAUUUCUUCAAAUCAGAAUAGAGAAUAUUUGAUUAUCUACUAGUAUUACUUUAUUUGGCAUCAUUUUUCCUCCUGCAUUUAAGAUAUGACUUUUAAUAGGCUUUUUAAACACUACAUACAUAUUUUAUUUUAAUUUGGGGGGAGCAUAACGUUAGCCCACCUCUUGGUAUGUUGCAUCUUAGUUUUUUUGCCUCUUCUUUGUAUCCUGAUGUGUUUGCAUCCCUGGAUAUGAUAUCAGCACUCGGUCUGUUUUGGUUGUAAAAAGCCUCUGAGACUGUUGGUUAUCCCUGGGACCCACCCAUCUGUUUGCUGUCCCAGGAUCUUCUUGGGUGUAUAUCGUUACCCUACACCACCCACUCCCCAGAACUGUCUUGGUCCAGUUGAAAGACUGACUGUGUGUGUCUCAUCUCUGUCCAUCUUUAGUUUAUUUUUUCCUUCAAAGUGAUGGAUCCUCCCACAAUGUGCCUUCAUCAUGGCUGAGUUUGGCUUUCUUUCCUGUAUCAUUAAUUUCUUUAGUUGUGUUUGUGGUCAAGAGAAUGCCUUGUACUAAGUGUGAGGUGAUCUCAGCGACUACAGAGAGGAAAAUGGACAUUGAAGGACUGAAAGUGUGUGUGUGUGUGCGUGUGCGUUUCAGUGGUCAGUCAUGCGGUCACGUGCAGGAGUAAUGUUUAUGUUCAGUUUGUGUCAGUCAUGCUGUUGAUGUUAUAAAUUUGAUAUUAAGAAAAGGAGGAAUAAUCUUCAUUGGACAAAGCCACUUUUGGAGUGAGGUCUUUCUGUGGAACGGGCUUUGGAAGUAGAUUGCACUGGAGAAGUCUGUAAUCCUGCCAUCGGGAUGUAGACGGGAUGUUGACAGAACCUGAUGCAGAAAAAUGUUGGCUAUCUGCUGUGGUGGACGCAAGCUAAAAGGAUUUCUUGAACCAGUUGAGCCCCAUAUUUUUGGAAAUGUGAAGACAACUUUUUAAAGAAGUUUAACAACAAACAGGCUUCAAUGUCAAGAUUGAUUUGUAGUUCUGUGUCAAAGUGUCACCAUAGCUGCACCAUCAUUUAAAGUUCAAGUGAAAAAAUAGUAGCAUCAGGUGUUUGUUACAUCAAUACUAACAAAGCAUGGAUGAAACGGAAGUCCUGAAUACAUUUUCUGAAUCACAGGAUAUCCUCACAUUCAGUGAUGUCCAAACUGGGGCAUUCCUCACCAUGAAGUCAGUGGCAUCUGGUAACCUUCAUCAUGUGGAGAUGAGGUUUUAUAUAGAGGAACAUAUUUGUAAAACCAUGUUGCAGACACCAACAUUUUGGGUACAGCAGCAUUUUGACACAGAACCAUAGAUUGGUCUUCAGUCUUCACCACCAAAACUUUGAGUCUGUUAACCUGUGACAGAAUAAUUAUUCAGACAGACGUUCAGACCCAUAGUAAAUAAUUCCAGAAAGUAGCAUCAGCUCAGUGCCCAAGAAUGAAAAUCUGAAAUGCUAAGAUGAUCAGGAUAGAAAGAAUUGCCCCUUUUUCACCAAAAAGUUUUAGGCCCAAUUUCCUGGGCCUGUUUUGAAGCCGAGGAUCUCAGAACCGGUUGUAUGCAAACUGGGGUAAGUGUUCCUGGUACGUCAGAAGGGUUCCUGUGACACAGAAGUUCCUGCGGCAUGUAUUUGUCAUUCGAGACCCUCUGGAGGAAGUACUCUCAAAGUGUCUUGGAUAGUGAUUGAAGAUUGCAGCCGCAAAUCAAUGCUGUGUUGGUUCAGGACAUCUUAGUUUGCAACCUCCUACAAACAGACAGAUGUGGAAGAGGAAGGUGGUGAAGAUAGCAGUGGUAUUAGGCUGGAGAAUAACCACCAGUUCAGUGCUGGUGAGUUUUGGUUGUCUGUUAAGUCUGUCAACUCUAACUUACCACUUAAGCAGGUAAAACAUUAUUGUCUGGAUGUCUUAUUCUCUUCUUAAAAGCAAAUUUGGCUGGUUAGCCAUUGUAAAUGGCUGAUGAAAUUUGGACACCAGAUGCUGGCGUGGCCAGAGGACAGAGGGUUUUUUCCUGUCCAGCAUAGUAUUGUGGUAUUGUGUUGUAUUGGCUUGGUGGAAAUAAGCACGUGUAUAUGGUGAUGAAGAGAAAGUGAGAUGGUUGUGGAGAGGUUCUGCUGGGUAUUUUAAGCACUAGUGGAGAAUUUAUUAGCUUCUAUGCAUUUUAUCUGUUUUAGAAACUCUUUAAUAUAUCUAGUUUUUAUCUGUUUUCACUCUAAAUCCUCUCUAAAUGACAACAACUUGGCGAACAAGCCCUACUGUAUGGAAAAUAACUAAAAAUGAAAGCCGUUAGGAUUGAUUGCACAUUCCAGAUUGAAGAUUAUACAAGACGAUGUGGCAAACUUUGAGAUGUUUUAAUCCAUUUUUGUUGAACAUCACAUUCCAUUUACACUUUAUAAUUUCCUUAUUCCAGAAUAUUUAUCAGUGCACUUACUCCUGGAAAAUUAUUGGAAGUACACAGUAAUACUGUGUUUGUAAUGAAAAUCCUCCUAAUGCAUGAUGUACUUAGAAAAGUCUAACAAUGAGAAGACUUAGAAGUACAAUAUGCAAAAACAUAAGUGUAUUAUUUUCAUUAAAAACUUGCACAGUAUUAUCAUGUACUUCCAGUACUAUUUCACAAGUUCAUAAGCUGGGCUAAGGCCGUUGUAAAAUGUUAGCCGAAUAGGAGCGAUGCUGUCUCACCACGUGAGCAACAGGUAUGUGCCAUAUGGAGACAUGGAUAGGUUGUUUUUACAUUGCACAUGAACAUUCCACUAUUAUUUGUUAGAAAGCAGUAUGUCAGUGGUGCAUGUUUAUACCAUAUCCCAUUUAUAGCCACCAUGUGAAAUUCAUAUCCUGAUUGUGAGAAACCUGAAUAUGCUGGCUCACGCAUUGUGACAUUAGUCAGUCUGCUGAGGCAGGUCUUGUGGUCUGUAUAAGCUCUGUGUCCAUGCUGAUAUUCAAAAAUUCAGUUUAUCCAUGUAUACUCAGCAGUCUAUAAAUAUAGACGGACAACAUGAGGAUAUGAAGAUCCAUUUAAAUGUCAUGUGGAGACUCAGUGUGUCCCGACCCUAGUCCAGAAACAUCUGUAUGGACUCAAAAGAUUUUUGCCAUUCCUUUUUAUUAUCUAUCUUUGUAAUCUAAGAAGUGGAAAUUAGCUAUUUAUAUUUAAAUGGUUGUACAAAUGCCUUUAUUGUGUGAAAAUUGAUCAAGCCUUUUUAAUGAAUAUUGCACAAAUGAUUCUAUGAAAAUUGCUGCUGCUAUUAGCGUUGUGAGUGUACCUGUAAAUGGAUCAAAUCAUUUAUCUAGCUGUCUUCAUGUUAUGAUCCUGACUCUUAUUAUGUACUACAUUGGAAUUUAAAGUACAGUAAUUUGUUUUAAUCCCAAAAGUUUCCCUCAUAGCCACAGGGGAGUAGUUAAACCCAGUCAGUGCUUUAGACCAGUGGCCAAUAUUUGUGAGAAGCAAGAUUUUUUAAAAAAUAGGCACUUUGCCAUUUGAGACUUGAAGGAGAGAUGGAAAUAUGAGUUGGUGUGAACUCCAGCAGACUGCAGUCUACCAGGGAUGAUGGAGGAAAAUACCAGUGAAAACCAUAGCAUAGCAUGACAUUUACAUUGAAAAUUGUCUGAAUAUGGUGCCAUUACACAGAAAAGAUUUUUUUUCUAGCACAGGUUUUACUGUCCUUGUAAUUGGCAACAAAAAAAAGGAAUGGGAAAAAAGCAUCCUGCUUUGAGUUGCAUUGAUGUUGAAGUAUGGUCUGAUCAAGAGGGAGGUGAUGCAAGUCCAGUUGGGAGAUAUCACCACAGACUAGUUAUGAACUAGUUUAUGAACAGUUUUAUUGUGGCCUUAGAGCCCAGACCCUGGAGUUCACUGGUUGGUUGGCAAGGCAACUGGUUGGUUGUUACUUUCGGUGGUCAGAUGGUUGGUAGUUAGGACGUGGAUUGUGUUGGUUGCUGGUCUAUUGAUGUGGUUGUUAUGUUAUUGGGUUGGUUUUAAUUGUCGUGUUGUGGUUCUUACAGGUUAUGUGGUAACUGAAGGAAGGGAACCAAGUUUCCUUGUUUGUUGUGUUUUAUGUGUGAGUGUGUGUGGGUGUAAUGUGCAUGUGUGAAUGUUGGAUGGACCUAGCUUUGACUCAGCUGUGUCCAGGCAUCAUUACCGAGAUGGGAAGUGAACACCAGCUGCCAGCGUAAUGAUAUUUUUACGAUUUGGAGACCCUUCUCCAUCAUGAACAUCUAGUUGGUUGGGUAAACACUGACGGCGGCUGAUGAAUCUUGGAUUUCUGGCCAGUGGAGUUUCCUGUCUUGGCCUUUGCCUGGAUACAGUUGAGUGUUUGAGAUCACUUCAGGCUUUUAGGAUCUCUCUUUAUGUUGCUGUGCCUCAGAAACCAUGUGAUCGUGUAUCUAUUCUGCACACUGUUUCAUAUCAGUGCUUCCACUCAUAUGCACAAACUACUCCAAAAGUAAUUGAAGAAUUAAUUUCCAGAACAUUUCUAUAUUCAUUGGAAAAAAUAUUUCUAGAAUUACAUAAUUGUAAUGUUUCUAAAUUAUAGAGGAUCCAGUCUUUAAAAGUGUUCUCAUUAAGUAAACUUAUCACUUGGUUCACCUGUUAAUCUUUAAACUGUACUGAAAUUUGUCUUCAUUUUGUGAUAUCAAUCAUUUGUAAGAUUAAUUGUUGUCUUUUUUUUUUUUUUUUUUAAAUGGUGAAAAUCUCAUUUUGGAACAGUUCUCUUCAAUUGUACUCAUUCAUUAUCUUUCCCCAUCUAUUUCUUUAGUUUCAUCCAGUUCAUGGUUUGAUAGCCUGUUUAGGAAGCUGAAGUCAAUGGUAUCUGCUGCUGAAUCAAGUUCACAGAUGUUUAAAACACUCACUUUCCAAGAAUUAAAAAAAAAAAAAAAAAUCCAUACCACCAGAUUGACAUCCAGACCUUGUGUAAAAAAAAAAAAAAAUCACCUCUUGCAACUUGCUCUACCUAUAAAGGAGCAGGACCACUACAGAUGGAGUAAAACAUGGAAAUGGGAUUAAUUGUGAGGUGCAAAUAUUUUCUCCAACAGCAGUGCUAAGCUCUAACUAGCUAGCUGGAGUCGGACUGAAGGUGACAGGGUCAGCUUGGUAAGGUGAUCCUGCAGCGCCACAGUGUGUAUUCUUCAGGCCACAGCCACACUAAAUACACCACGUCCCUCAUUUCAAAUGAGAGGCUGCAUAAUUCUGUUGUAACUGCAGGCUCUAGUCGCUGUGGUGACCAGUCUCAUGAGUUGGAUUUAUUCUAGAUAUGUUUUGAUAAUGCAUGAGGAAAGUAAAACAAAUGUUUUACCUUGUGGUUUAAUAGUUUGCUGAAGCUUUGUGAUGAAAAACAUUUCAUUUUGUAAAUUAUUACAGCAGAAAUCUUUGCUGUAAUAAUGUAAUCAUGAGCUACAUCUGAUCAGAGUGCUCUGUGUAUCUCUUAACACAAUUUGCAGCAACACAAACUCAUCACUGAUGAAGAGUGCAGCUCCCAGGCUGCUUGAUGCCUCCACAUUGUAACAAGUAUUAGUAACCAUGUUGCCGCCUGUGAUCCAGACCUCAGAACAGACUUCAUCAGCUUCAUUUCCUGCAGUAUUAUUUAUGUUAGUGACUGUUUCAGAUGUCAGAAACGGUUGAGUUUCAUCUUUGUUGCUUUGAUGUGAGUUGUGUUCAAACAUAUUCAGAUUCCAGUCUGUACACCUCCUUUUUUUUUUUUUUUUUUUUUUUUUUUUUAUACUUCUUGGCUCAGAUUUGGUCCCAUAUCUUUAUGCCUUUGGUUGCGUUUCCUGUAGCACCGGCACCUAUGGGUACACUUGUCCAUAGCAAUAUGUCACCUGCCUUAACGUGGCCUUCUGCCCCACACCGCUCUGGGCUUAACAGUGGUAACAACCCUCUGAGCUCUCCUGUCUAACACUUUAAUGCUGUAUUCUUACCUGAAAUAUACUGUGCAACUGAAGAGUUUCAUCCAAAAUCUCUACAGACCUAUUCGGGGGGAAAGGUUACGUUCACUGCUGACUAUUAAAAAAAAAUAAAUUAAUUAAAAAAAAAAAAAAAAAAAAAAAUACAGAUGAUCAUGUUUUUUUAAA